AUGAUUUUAAACUAAAAAUUUACUAAAAAAGAUUGGAAAUUAGAUGACUUUAUUAUCGGAAAGCAACUAGGGCGUGGUAAAUUCGGCAGUGUAUAUCUAGCAAGAGAAAAGAAAUCCAAUUUCAUUGUCGCUUUGAAAGUUUUAGAUAAAUAGUAAUUAUAAAUGAAUAAAAUUGAGCAUUAAAUAAGACGCGAAAUCGAAAUAUAAUCUCAUUUAAACCACCAAAAUAUAAUAAAGCUAUUCGGUUUUUUUUAUGAUCAAAAAAACAUAUAUUUAAUUUUAGAAUAUGCCCCAUAAGGAGAACUAUAUUAAGAUUUACAGAAUUAACCAAAUAAAAAAUACUCGGAAUAAAAGGCGGCAAAUUAUAUCAAAUAAAUGGCAUAAGCAUUAGUAUAUUUACAUUCAAAAAACAUUAUACAUAGAGAUAUAAAACCCGAAAAUCUACUAAACUCAUUCGGGACUAUAAAAAUAGCUGAUUUUGGCUGGUCUAUUCAUUCCUAAUCCAAUAAAAGAUAAACUAUUUGUGGAACUCUAGAUUAUUUGUCACCUGAAAUGGUAGAAGGAGGAACGCAUAAUUAUUCUGUUGAUAUUUGGAGUUUAGGAAUACUGUGUUAUGAAUUUUGUACAGGGUCUCCUCCGUUCGAAACUAAUAGUUAUAAUAAAACAUAUGAACGAAUAAGAAAUGUAGAUUUUUAAUUACCUGACUAUUUAUCUAAUGAACUGAAAAAUUUACUGCGAUAAAUUCUUGUAUAUGAUAUAAAUUCAAGACUUGAUUUAAACAGUAUUUUAUAACAUGAAUGGAUUAUUUAGAAUUGUAUAUGA